CCUGCCGCAUCCCGGCCCCUUCCUGCGGCGUCUCUGCAUCCGGGGACGGGACAGCGCUCAGCUGCGGGAACUGCUCUCCGCUGCCCGCCCCGCCUGCCUCCGCUAGGCCCUGCGUGAGUGUCCUGUGCGGGUCCCGCGUGGACGUGGCAGGGAGCGGCGUCGGGGUGCCGGGCUCCGGCGCCGGGGCUGGGGCUGGCGGGCUUCCGUGCGCACGGGCUUGCCUGCGCGGUUCGCUCGUGGGGCUCUGAGGGAAAUACCGGCUUGUUUGGAAACACCGGCCAGAGGGACAGAGGUACCUGAGCUGUAAGCCGUGAAGUUGUUUAGGAGAGCCUGGCGAGGUAACCAGUGCUGGCGGUCACGAUAAAAGGAUACAUGUUCACUUCAAGUAGAAAGGAGCAUGUUCCCAAAUUCUUCCAGCGUGGGUCGUUCGUCCUUCCCUCCAAAAUAUCAACAACAGAGUACUUUCUUCACUAAACUUCCUUUAAAUAUGCCUCCUACUCUUCUUUCUCACCAGCAAAUUGUCGUUCCUCCGUUUCAUUUUCGCAGUGGAGUUCUUUCUAGAGCUCUUGUGAGUGGGAACGCUGAAGCUACUCCAGCUGUUAAUCCAGUUGUUACACUGCAACCAGUGACUUACAGAAGUGUCAGUCCAGUGUCUAAAUCAGAUGCCCAGACAUCAUUUCAAGGAAGGAAGAGACAAAGUCAGCAGAGUGUUCCAGACGAUGCCAAACGGCAGCGGAUUCAUUCACAUGAUUCUGAUGCUGCUGUAGCUAACCAAGCAGUGCCUUUGCCAAAAGAACAUAGACGCUCCUUCCCAGCGUCAGUUUCAGUUCGGUCUCCAGUGUUGCGUGCGGGUGGCUCACCGGCCUUAAUUGGAUGUGUACCUCGUUUGCAAGAUACUUUGUUUCCAGAUUGCACGGAAACCGGGCUCCCAGUUGCCAAGGACGAGUUAAGUAAACAGGUUUUGGAGGUGUUUCAAGCAUGUCGGCAACAGGCCUCUGAUUUGGACAGAAAAGAGCUUUGCAGAACAGAACUCCAGAGAGAAAUUCAGCUAAUUUUUCCACAAAGUAGACUUUUUUUGGUGGGGUCCUCACUGAAUGGAUUUGGCACUCGUACUAGUGAUGCUGAUUUGUGCCUAGUGAUUAAAGAAGAACCAAUGAAUCAGAAGACUGAAGCAAGACGUGUACUCAGCUUAGUCCAAAAGCUCUUCAGUACUAAACUUUCAAGCUACAUUGAGCGACCUCAGCUGAUCAGAGCAAAAGUGCCAAUAGUGAAAUUCAGGGAUAAAGUCAGCAAUGUGGAUUUCGACUUGAAUGUAAACAAUGUGAUAGGUAUAAGAAAUACAUUCCUUCUGAGAAGCUAUGCAUUCAUUGAGAAUCGAGUUCGUCCAUUAGUACUUGUUGUUAAGAAGUGGGCAAGUUUUCAUGAGAUAAAUGAUGCCAGUCGUGGUACUUUAAACAGCUAUAGUCUUGUGUUGAUGGUUUUGCACUAUUUACAGACCUUACCUGAACCCAUCCUUCCAUCCCUCCAAAAAAAUUAUCCAGAAUGUUUUGAUCCUACUAUGCAGUUGCAUUUUGUUCAUCAAGCGCCACGUACCAUUCCUCCUUACGUCUCAAAAAAUGGAUCAAGCCUUGGAGAUUUGCUAAUAGGCUUCUUCAAAUAUUAUGCCACAGAAUUUGAUUGGUGCCAUCAGAUGAUAUCAGUUCGUGAGGCCAAGGCUAUUGCAAGACCUGAUGGUAUUGAAUGGAGAAACAAAUUUAUUUGUGUAGAAGAGCCUUUUGACAGAACAAAUACUGCUAGAGCUGUACAUGAGAAACAGAAGUUUGAUAUGAUCAGAGGUGAACUUGCGCAGGCUUGGCGGUUAUUACGAGAGAAGAAAGAUCUGAACUAUAUAUUGCCUUUCAAAGCAGUCGUACAGAAAAGAUAACUAGCUUCUUUCAUUUUCCCUUUUUUUGGAUCCUGCUGAAACAAAGAACAGUGUCAAAAUCAGGAGGCACUCACCCCAUGAUUUUUAUGACCUGUUUUUCUCUGUAAACUUUUGUUAAGGAAAUGUUUAUAAGGAUGUGGCAUAUUUUAUUAUCAGUAUUUGUUAAUACAGCUGUUCAAGAUACAGCUGUUUCUUUCUGAAAAUGCUUGCAUUGUUGACUUCUUGACAGCAAACAAGAAGAAUACAUCUAUUUUAAGCAAAGUAUGGGGAUAUACUGACUUGUUUCUUGUGUGAUCUGUGUAACCAUUAUUUCAGACAGAUUUAACCAUGAAAAGUAGACAUUCAAAGUUAAACCAUGUGCAAAUCUGACUACAUCCUUAAGGCACUGUGCACUACCAACUUUUUGAUGAACAGAGUCUGUGCUUUACAUCUGCUGAAUUGCAGUAAGCACUUCUGCUCAACUUAGGACUUUCCAGUUUUAUUUCACUUUUACUUGAAUAACAAGCAACUGUUUAUGACAAUGAAGAUAGAUUAUGGUUGGUAGUACUCUGAAUAUCAAGAACUAUAAUCUAAACCAAAAUUUUCAAGCACCAGUUUUACUAUGAGGAAAUUGAAGUAAAAAAGCUCAAUUCAAUGCACAUAAAUGCUUAUUAUUCACACAGAGUAGGAAGGAAAAUUUUUAGUGCUUCCUUUUACAUAUUUGAAGUAAUAGUGGUGCCUCUCUUAGAGAAAAAGACCAAAUCAAAAUCAAAACACCUCACAUCAGUGCUAAAAUUAGCUGGCUUCUCAUUUGAUUUUGUGUGAAUGUUUGUGAAUUGAUCAGCCACUGUAAAUUGAAUCUAAGUAAUACUGACAACUAUAGCUCUUCCAAAAAAAUGGCAAACUUUCUCUUAGACCUCCUAUAGCACAAUUUGUAUCUCUCAUAUAUUUGUUAUUGAAGACCAAUUAAUUUUUAAGGUGGUACUUACCACUGAAGUCAAAUUCAUACUUCCAUUUUUUUAAGUUUACUAUUUUAUAUGGUGUCCAGUGAAAUAAAGUUUCUAUAUGGAAGAUACGGGUUAUUUUUCCAAUUUAUGUUACUUUGUACUGCAUAUUUAAAAUAUUUCCUAUAAUUAAGUAGAAUAGAAAAUGCCCCAUGAGGUAAGGCCCAUGUUGUAAUUCACCAAGAUCUGUCAUGGCUAUUCUGCAGUACAUCUGUGAAUAGGCAAAAGUUUGGUUUAUUACUUUCUCUAAACAGAUUAUAAAAACUCUUUUAACUGUAGAAUAACAAGCAUUAUGUCUUCUUGUGCAAACUUUUAAGUUCUAGUUUAUUUAGAAGUUCUAAGUACUGUAAACUAUAUGCCUGAUGUGAGAUUACUUCCUACACACUUUGUCAUGGUCUAGUCUAUGUAGAAUUUUGUCUUUUUUCUGUAAUUGACUUUUCUUCUCAAUUUUAACUGUCUUUCAGUUUUAAUAUGACUCUAGCAGUCCACUGAAAUAUUCUUCCUCCUUGCAUAUGUUCACCCUCAAUGCCCUUUUUCUAUAGGAUGGUAGACUUGAGUGUCAGUGAAACAUUCACUUUGAUUCACUUUAUGUAAAAUAGAAACACAAGAUUUUAAACCAGGAUGAUGUCUGGAUUCAAAGAUGUUCUACAAGCUCCAUGUAGAUUCUGGGAAAAGAGAAUGUUGGCUAUAUCUUCUUAAAAAACAUAUUGGCUAUACCUUUGUCUAGAAAAUUUAAAACUUUCCCAACCUAGGAUAAAUGAGAAGGGACAUAAAUGUUUAAAGUUGGUUAAAAUAUAUUUUAAGUGAGCUGAAUGUGAGAAACGAAACUUUAUAAAAGGCAUAAAACUUCCUUAUGAGUUUGUAUUGCAUCACCUAAUGUGUCAGCAUUUCUUACAACUUAAAUUAAUCCUUCGUGUUUAAUUUAAUUCCUAACUGUUUUUAAAAGGUUAGUUUAAAACAUUGUGGUAUCUCUGAGCUACUCUAUAAAAAGUACCCUACGAAUUAAGUGGCAUUUUUAAUACAAGUUAAGGUCUGUAACCACAAUAGUCUGUGUCUUUCAAAAGAAUACUUUUGUAUUUUUUUCUCAGUUUAUGUCCUGAUGUAACCAGAAAAUCUAGAUGGUAGUUUUCCCCAAUUUUUUUCGAACUGAACCGUUGAUGGCAUUAAUAGUGGGCUGCAACUUUUGUCAGAAAACUUCAGAUCUAAUACCAUACAGUAAUGGCUUGGGGAGAGUGGGUAGGAGCUGGACAUCAACUUUGGGUUCAGUUCUGUAUAGUCUGAAGUUGUUCGAGGUGUAAUGAUCUGUGUUUUCAUCUACUCUGGGCAAGUAUUCAGAGUAAAAUAUUCACUAAUGUCUACCAUAAAUUUUAGUGUUAGGGUAAAAUGUUCAACUUUCCUUGGCUUAAAAAUAAAAACUUUUACCUUCUUAACCCCUGGCAUACAUCCUAGCAGGAAUAUUUUUUUCUGAGAGCUCUUAGGUAAAAGGUAUUUUUCACAACUGACCGAGAUGUCAGUGUGUGAGCAAGAUGCUGUCUUUGGAUUUUGUUACUGCCUUGAAAUAAAACUGCUUUAAUUCAGCGCAUUUAUUUAUUUAAUUUUUUUAAUUAUUAUUCUUGACUACUCUUUUUGGCAGUGGGUUUUCUUGUCUGUUCUCACCUCAUGUGUCAGAAACCACUAGUGUCUUCUCUAGGAUUUUAAGAACUCUAUUUAGUCCUUCAGGACUAAAUUAACAGCCUCAGAGGUGCACAGUAGGACCAAACAUUGGCAAGAGCUUCACAUUUGGUGACAGUAAUGCAGAACUGGCAUAGGCUAUGCACUGUGAAACUUAAAGUUUCUCUUCUAGCUCUUGCUCUCACUUGUCCUGAAAUGUGAAUGUGUAUGUGAACUCUUAGUACCUUUAGGUGUGUUGACAGUAUAAGGUGUUACUUUUUAAAAAUCCCUCACAAAGAAAUCAAUAUAAAUCAAUUUUAAGACACACACUACUGGGUGACUUGAUCAUUUGGGAGAAACAGGCAGUGAUGAUAAAAGGAUGUAAGAUGAUUUGUAUAAAACCUGAAGUUAGCAUUUAUGAAUGCAUUAUAUUUGUGAAUCCCAAACAUUUAUUUGGAACUAGUGCUUUACUUGAAAUUGUGUUACUGGACUUGAGUCACAAUAUGUUUGAUGUUAAAUUUAAGUCCAUCAGAGAAUGUCACUCUUGAUUUAUUGUACUGUACUUGCUCCCGGUUGUCCUGUGGUUUGUGAGUUUUUCUGCCUUGUUCUCUGUAAUCCUUGUUUUCAGAUAUAAAUAUUUUCAUUGAUUUUACUGAGUAUGAUGCUUGUCCGAAGAGCGUGUUCGAUUUUGGUCCAUUUACAGGUCAGAUUCACUUGUGAGAAGUAAGAUGGAAAUGAGUUGAAGGGUUUCUGGUAAAAGAGUACUUGCCUUUCUCUUGCUGUGCUGAAGACUGAAUCAAAUCUUGUGCAAUGUAUGUAUGUUUCAUCUAUAAGCGUUUCUAGAAGACUUGUAAAGCUCUUGCCUUCCACAUGAAAUUUAAAGAAGAGUACUUCAUAUUCUUUACAUUUUGCUGUGUACACUGUCUAUGCUCAUGAUGAAAUGUAGAGUUUAAUUUAGUUUAAUAUCUGUUUCAAAUACACUUUUCAAAAAAUUACAUUGUCACCUUGUAAAUUCUGUAUGUCACUGCGUGGGUCAGGAGAGUAGGAAGACCUGUACCUAUUUUGUGUGCAGAGAUAGCUUGUAGUCAGAAGUACAUGGCUGGGUGUUUCUAUACUUAUAGCACUCUUAAGAAAGAGUUUGCUGAUUGAUUUAUAACUAGAUAUUUAUUUGAAGAACAAUAAAAAAAAAAGCUGGGGGCAUUGGAGUUAUACUGUGCAAACAGUCGUUUAUACUUGAGAUAUCUUGGAAGUUCUUUACUUAGAAUCAGGGGUUUAGAGCUUUUCCUCCUCUUCUAAUUUUUUUUUUUAAUAAAGUCAUUAUGUUGAGUAAUACAGAUUGGAAAUAUUUAUGUUUGUUUGUGAAAAGCACUGCAUUUUCUGUAAAAUGCAGAAUAAUAAAGCAUAAAUGUGGCUUAACCUAAA